AUGGCACAACCCGCCGAGGAGCUCGAGACCAUAAUCCUAAACAAGGAAUUCCCCGAUCGGUGGGUGAAGAUCGGCACCAAUCUGGACCCCGACCUCCGAAGACAGUUCAUCGACUUCUUACGGCAGCAUGCGGAGGUCUUCGCCUGGUCUUAUGACGAUAUGCCCGGCAUAUCACCUGAUGUCAUCAGCCACAAGCUCAGCAUCUCCCCCGCCCACAAACCAGUCAGGCAAAAGCGCCGAUCGUACGAUGCCGAACGGUACGAGGCGAUGCGUGCCGAGGUUGACAAGCUCAAAGCCAUCGGCUUUAUCAGGGAAGCUACGUACCCUGUCUGGCUUGCCAACUCAGUCAUGGUUCGGAAGGCCAGGGGAGGAUGGCGAAUGUGUCAGGACUAUACCGACCUGAAUAAGGCUUGUCCGAAGGACAGUUUCCCCUUACCGAGGAUCGACCAGCUCGUCGAUGCCACCGCCGGGCACGAGCUGCUCAGCUUCAUGGACGCGUAUUCAGGAUACAACCAGAUCUUCAUGGACCCUGCCGAUAGAGAACAUACGGCAUUCAUCACGGAUCGCGGUUUGUACUGUUACAAUGUCAUGCCCUUCGGCCUGAAGAACGCGGGGGCAACUUACCAACGGCUCGUCAACCGGAUUUUUGCUAAAUACAUCGGCGGCAUCAUGGAGGUAUAUGUCGACGACAUGUUGGUAAAAAGCCGAAUGGCAGGGGGUCACCUGGAAAACUUGGCCCUCAUGUUCGGUAUUCUAAGGGACUACCGAAUGAGGCUGAACCCGGCGAAGUGCGCCUUCGGCGUAUCUUCCGGUAAAUUUCUCGGGUUCAUGAUCAGUCAAAGGGGAAUCGAGGCCAAUCCCGAGAAAAUAAAAGCCAUAAUUGACAUGGAGACCCCGAAGACGCAGAAGGACAUUCAGAGCCUUACCGGACGUGUCGCUGCCCUGACACGCUUCAUCUCCAAGGCUACCGAUAAAUGCGUGCCGUUCUUCAAAGCUUUGAAAGGGGGCAAACAUCAUAUAACGUGGACUCCCGAAUGCGACCAAGCAUUUCAAAACUUGAAGAACUACAUGAGCCAGGCACCACUGUUAUCGAAACCACUGCCGGGCGAGGUACUACUCCUAUACCUUUCGGUAUCCAACACUGCCGUCAGCUCAGUGUUGAUAAGGAAGCCGGAGAAGGCGGAGCUACCGAUCUUUUAUGUCAGCAAGGCGCUCCAGAGCGCAGAGCUUCGGUACCCACCCUUGGAGCAGCUAGCGUUGGCCUGGUCGUCUCGGCACGAAGACUUCGCCCUUACUUCCAGGCUCACGAAAUCACAGUUUUGA